CGUUCCGCGAAACGGAAGAGUGUCACGAAAACAGUUUCUUAAUACCAGGGUCCUCCUAAGCUACCCUCAACCUCUGACGAAGCCGUUUCCGUCUGAACGCAUGAAUGAAUUCUUCAGGUAUUCCGCUCUUCGGCUCCCAAGAGCGGCUUGCCGCCCCAUAGCCCACCCACUCAACGAAAUAUUCAGAGCGGUCUGGACGCUCGUCGAGGACUUUGUGGAUGAGGAACCGGGUGUUAUCAGUUAUAUCGCGGCCAGCUUCCCUGAUUGCCUUCUCGCGCCCUCCUCGACGUUUCCAGAAUCUCAGCAGCCGAUGUUUGAACUUUCGGUGAGCAUUUUCCUCCGUCAUCCAGUAGACUCCUGCUCCGACCUCAAUAUCAAUCAGAUGCACAUCGCCAGAGCUGUCUUCCCGGAACCGCCAGUUUGUAAGGCGUCCUAUCGCUCGCUUGCCUGCACUGCUGUUGGUCUUGAGAGCCGGCUGGCGCCGGGGGAGAUGGUAGCUGCGCACACACAUUCUCUCACGUAUAUCCGAAGACUUAAGAGGCCGCAGCUGUGUGAGAAGGCGCUUUUCAGUUUCCGUGUCCAAAUUGUGCUUCCGAAAUGACGUAGCCACGGCAGUGGAUAGCCACUUAACAAACGGCGCAUCCUCGGGCCAGGUAACCAGGACAUUGCGAUACAGGUCGUAGCAAUACGAUCGUAGCGCGGUUGUUGCUUGGUCACAGCCAUCAAAUCCGCAUUCGGAGAUUAUGUCCAGGACGAAGUUUGAGGGUAUCCGGGCUAGUGUUCUAGACUCGCAACUGGCGGCUAUGUGGUCGAGGAGGCCGACAAGUCCUUCGAGCAGGUACUCUGGCGGAGAGGUCCAAAGACGUGGCGACCUACGCCCCUGCUCGUCGGCGCGAUUUUGAGCACGUUCGACAAGGCUCUCGUAGAUAUCGCUCAGUCGGGGG